CAUCCUUACCCACGCCUACAUACGUGACGUCAUUACUGCGCGACCGCCCACAGUGUUGACAGCGGCAACGCGAGGAAUGAAGACAAACCAGAAGAAACGUUGAUUUACAACUUUACUGAAGAGCUAUUACUAGUUCGUUCAAGCUACCCCAAUACAAUGAGCGGCGAUGAAGAGAUCCAGGCUGCUUGUACUCGUACUCUCAGCCGCCUGUGUGCUGGUCUAUGUCUCGCUGGUCAGACUCCACUACUCCACGGGCGGUCCUGACACGUGCCGGCCGCCCCCCCACCUGCCCGCCAGCGUCGAACACUUUCAGUACGGCAUCAUGUUCGACGCCGGGAGCACCGGCACCAGAAUCCACGUUUUCAAGUUCAAGAUGGAUGGUGAAGAUGGUCCCGCUGUGGUCUGCGAGACCUUCCGAGCCAUCCAGCCCGGACUGUCCGCCUACGCCGACCAUCCCGAGGAGUGUACCGCCGGCAUCUUGGAGCUGCUGGAUGUGGCGAAGGCCAGCGUCCCGUCCUCCGCGUGGAGCGCCACCCCGCUGAUUUUGAAGGCUACCGCUGGCCUCCGCUUGCUUCCUAUCGAGAAGGCCAACAAUCUUCUGGAGCGGGCGAGGGGGGUGUUUGACACGUCGCCUUUCCUGUCCCAGCACGACAGCGUGUCCAUCAUGGACGGCCCUGAUGAAGGAAUUUCUGCAUGGAUCACCAUCAACUUCCUCACGGCCUUCAAUUUUCCUAAUCUGUCCCACGUCUGUUGCCCCCUCCUACCCCAAGGUUCCCUCCACCAGGCCCACUCGGCCACGGCGGGCAUGUUGGAUUUAGGCGGGGGGUCCACACAGAUCACCUUCAGCCCACAAGACGAGAAAAGCGUCCAGACGUCGCCCAUGGACUACAUCAGGUCCUUGACACUGUUCAGCAUCAGCCGCACCCUCUACACGCACAGUUACCUCGGUCUGGGCCUGAUGUCCGCUCGACUCGCCGUCUUGGGAGGCGUCAACGCUCCACCUUUACGAGGCAGCACUGAGCUGGUGAGUCCCUGCCUGGCCGCGGACUACUCGGGCAGCUGGGAGUACGCCGACACCGUGUUCACUGUGAGCGGACAUAGGGCAGGGGAGGAGCCUUACGAGGCGUGUCUGACCAAGGUGAAAAAGGUCCUGUCGGGGAAGGUCAACAUGGCCGACACUGCCGGCGUGGACUUCUACGCCUCCUCCUACUACUACGACCGGGCCCUAGACCUGGGCCUCAUCGACAAGGUUGAAGGAGGACGCAUCCUGGUGUCUGACUACACAAGAGCAGCUAAAAAGGUGUGCAGUGAGAUGUCCCUGAGUCCUCCGCACAACCCUUUCCUCUGCCUGGACCUGGUCUACGUGUCAGUCCUGCUGCAGGAGCUAGGCUUCCCGCCACAGAAACCUCUUAAGCUGGUCAGGACCAUCAAUCAGGUGGAAACCAGUUGGGCCCUCGGAGCGAUCUUCCAGUACAUGGAGGCUCUGCAACCCACAAAGAACUGAUCCUAGGGCCUGGACCCAAAAGAUCAGUCUUGCUCUGGUUUUCAGGCAACCAGAAGAAUUUUGCUGGAACUUCACUUCAGUCCUUCUGGACUCCAUUAUCCAGCUCACAACUGAUAGUUUCUGUCUCUAGCAUCAAUUAGUGAUGUCUGAUCAUAACACUCGAUAGAGGAUGAUUUUUCUUCUUCCACGUUCCCACUGGAAGCUUCUUUUCACCACUUAAAAAUACCCCAAUGGUAAGUCAUAUUAUGAGAGGGAAAAUUGAAAUGGGAAAAAAAAGUCAUAAAGGAUAAAAAGUUAAAAUGAAUGAGUUAUGAAGUCUUAUGAGAUUUAAAGAAAAAAUGGGGCAACACUAAAUGGUCUGUAGUGUGUGAGUGUGAAUGUUGUCUGUCUAUCUGUGUUGGCCCUGCGAUGAGGUGGCGACUUGUCCAGAGUGUACACCGCCUUCCGCCCGAAUGCAGCUGAGAUAGUCUCUCUAGCACCCCCGAAAGGGACAAGCGGUAGAAAAUGGAUAGAUGGAUGGAUGAUUGUGACAUACAAAGUAGAAAUUAUGAGAUAAGACAUGACAUAAAAAGUCAUAAAUGAGAUUAAAAAGUCAAAUACCGUAUUUCCUUGAAUUGCCGCAGGGCAUAUAGUAUGCACCUGCCUUGAAUUACUGCCAGGUCAAACUCGCUUCCCAAAAUAAUUAGCGCAUGCUUAGUAUUACCGCCUGGUCAAACUUGUGACUGUCAUCAUUUUCAAAAUGGAGGAGGCUGAUUUCAAUAUCGGUAAUUUGAAAUCGCGUAAAGGGAAGAAGAUUAAGACCUAUUCAGUAGGAUUUAAGGUCCAAGCUUACAUCUCACUCAAAUUUUUACUGCAUACCUUUGGUAAGUGCCAGAAUUCAGAAAAGGUUUUAAAAUAAUUAGAACAUGCUUACUUUUCCCGCAUGCCUUUGGUAAGCGCAGGAGUGAGAAGAGGUUUUAAAUUAUUAGAGCCCCGGCGGCAAUACAGGGAAAUACGGUAUAUGAGAAGUUGAAAUUGUGACAAAAAGUAACUAUCAGAGGAAUCGGAAUUAUGACAAAAAUUAUCAGAUAAAUCUAAAUUAUGAGAAAAAAUAAUAAUUUUGAGAGAAAAAGUCAAAAUUAUGAGAAAAUGCCAUAAUUAUGCCAUAAUAGAGUUUAAAAUAGAUUAAAAAAGUCGAAAUUCUGAGAUUUGAAAAAAAUCUAAAUUAUAAGAUAAAAAAAUUGAAAUUUAUUAGAUAAAAAGUCGAAAUUGUGAGAAGUCAAAAUGAUUAGAUAAAAAGUCAAUUAUAAAAUAAAAAGGUUUAACUAUGAGGUAAAACAUCGAUAUUAUCAGAUGAAGUCAUCAUAAAAUAAGAAAGUUGAAACUAUGAGAUAAAAAGUCAAAAUUAGGAGAUAAAUUGAAAUAAGGAUAUAUUUGAAUUAUGAGAUAAAAAGUAAAAACAAUAUAAGAAAAGUCUUAAUAUAAGGAAGUAGACAUUAUGAAAUAAAAGUAAUUAUUAUGGUAUAAAAGAUUAUGAAAUAAAAAAAAAAAUCCAUAUUGUGAGAUAAAAAGUCGUGUUUGACUUUGAUCAGUGGCUAACCAUGAAUUACCAUCGGGUUAUUUCUGUAUUAUUAUUUUGGAGUGGCGAAAACGGGCUUCCGUGGAAUCUUGCUUGACGGGAGUGAAGGUCCCGGUCACUCACGUGACUGGGAUGGUACGUGAACGGUUCCUAAUCAACCAAUAGGGAGAGGCUUCCAGUGAGCCCACUCUGUGAUGUAAACAAAGAAGUAUGGCGUAACUCCAAAUAAGUUCUCACACGAACACGUCCGUCCACGGCCCACAAUGUGAAGACAAUGUUUGGUCAAAAUUGAGACAUAAAGUGCCCAAUAGUGUUUUAAAGGAGCUGAGUGUCUCACAUGAACUGCUUUUGUUGCCAUGGAGACAAAACACUGUCGAACAUCCAAUUCCAAAAAAGGAAGGAAUUUUUCCGUGUAAGUGGGACAUGACUGAGGGAAAGUGCGCACAACACAAUGAUUGUCUACCAUGUCUGAUUUGUCCAUAAACUUUUGACUUUCCACUGCAGCUGUGAACGACAACUCCGCAAAAGGGAAUUAUUUGAGGAAGUUUUGCUCUGAACUGUCACUUUGUGUGUCUUUUGGCAGCUACUUUUGUAUCAGCCCAGCAAAUAAGACAAUACUUUUUUUUUUUAAAUCUGCAAAAAAUGAUAUUGUAAUGCAGUGGGUGUCCAAAGUCUGUUCCGGGGGCCAUUUGUGGCCGGCCGCCAAUGUUUUAACGACUUGUGGAACAUUCUGCAAAUAUUAUUAUAAACAACAAAACAUAAGUGGAAUAAAAGAGCAAAGUGGUGAAAAA